GUAAUACCUUCAUUGAGAUCAAUUCUAUAUCUUCUAUUUCAUAUUUGAUAUUUCCCUUCACCUAAAGUCUUUAUCAGGGUUUCAAAGUUUUUUGUGUAAUUAUCAAUGGCGGUAGUAUUUGAGACUGCAUUACAAUUUGUAUUGGGUGAGUUACAGAAAGCAGUACAUGUUGUAUGGCAGAUUAUACAAACUCACAGAUUCAAAAGUCUUCUCAAACGCCUUGAAAAAACCCUAAGAAGCAUCGAUCAGGUGUUUUAUGAAAGCUGGAGAUUAAGCAAGGUGUUGGAUCGUCCUGAGAAAGAGAUGAUAAUGUUCAUCUGUUAUCUGAGCAAUGCCACAGCGAUCGUUCUCAAGUGCUCGAGCAUCAAGUAUCGGACCAUGAACAAGAAAAUUCUUCAUUCAAAAAAGCUGAUUCGAUUGAACAACGAGCUCUUGAGGUUCUUCCAGAUUGAUGUGCAGGAGAAAACGAUGAACACUAAUAUGACGUAUUCAAUUGCGAUUUCCGGAUUGGAAGACAAUUCAUCAGUUGUUGCCUUUUCUGCAGAUGGAUAUUCGAGUACGUGCAGUGUUUAUGCUGGCCAACUACUCAAUCUUCCAUUGACAGAUUCUUUCGCUAACCUAACAAGUAUCAGAUUCGAACAUGUUUCAUUUUCUUCCUCUAUUCAACCACUCUUCAUUUUGCCAUUUCUUCAAAAACUUUCGUUUGUUAUGUGUGAGAUAGGUGAUGCUUUUAAGAACAGUGUCACAGAUCAGUCUCCUUAUAUUCCAUCAAAUCUCACUGAUCUGGAAUUUGAUUGUUGUUAUGAUCUGAGGGAACUACCUUCAGGAGUAUGUAAUCUUGUUCAUCUCCAGAAUCUCAGCAUCACCAAUUGCCAUGAGCUGGAUGCUCUUCCUAGAAAGUUGGGGAAUCUUUCCAAUCUUGAGAUCCUCAACCUCCAUUGUUGCACAAAACUACAAGAAAUACCAGAAUCGAUUGGAAGUCUUCAUAAUCUGAGUUUCCUUGAUUUAUCUGAUUGUUUGAGUAUAAGUCUAUUACCAGAUGAAAUUGGGGAACUAUGCAACCUGAGAGUGGUUAAGAUGAGUGGUGUUCAUGGAUUACAAGAGUUGCCGGAUUCCAUGAGCAAAUUGUCACAGUUGGAAGAAGUCAUAUGUGAUGAGGAGACAUCGUAUUUGUGGAUGGAUUUUGAAAGUGAUCUGAAUAAUUUGAAGAUAAACGUUGUUGAUGAUGACAGGUUUGAAAGCUUUAUGAAAAUCGUUCAGUAAGUUCUCUUGAUCCGUUGGUGUCAUUCUAUUAACUAUUAAGCAUGUGGCUUAAUAUGUAAAGUGUAAGCUGUAAAUUGUUGGAUUAUUCUUUAAAUAUCUUUUCUGAGUCAAAAAAAUUAUUCUCAUUUGUUUUCAUAUCAUAACAUAGUUGUAUUGUCAAUUUAAAAACUUAAUAAAGAAUCACUAGUAUUUCUACAA